UUCUUCGUGGCAAUGCUUCUCGGAGUGCGCGUUCGCGGAAAGAGAACGACUAUCGACGUGGAGUGGAAUAUUCGACAAAGCGGGCAACGGAACGGUGCUUGGCACCUCUGAGCCGGAGUUGGAGUUCAUGGCUAAUCGAACUAUCCUAACAAUUUAAGUCGUCUCAAGGGCCCAUUACUUUGCGACUUACAAAGAUGCCAUUGAAACCCCAGACCCGUAUCCUUCAGUCUUUCGUCUGUCCGAGAUGUCAAAUACGAGCGCAGGCCCGGAAGAAACCUCAGGUGCGGAACUUUGCAACAUCUCCGCCAUCGUAUGCCGCCUCAUCUAGCGGACCCAAAUAUGCGCAUCUCACAAACCGCACCAUCAUAAGGCUCGCCGGGCCUGACGCUGCGAACUACCUGUUCAACCUUCUACCGGCCAGAAUCUUGGGGACUGGCAGCACCAAGCUUAUUUACACGGCGUUCCUUUCCGCGCACGGCCGCAUCCUGCAUGAUGUGUUCAUCUAUCCGCCCGGCGAGGGCAACGGGGAAGAGUGGUUCGUCGAGGUGGAUUCGGAAAGCGCCAAUGAUCUGAUGAAGCAUCUGCGCAAACACAAGCUAAGGUCAAAGUUCCAGCUGGAGAAGAUUGACCCGCAGAAGUUGGGAGUGUACUACAACUGGCCAUCUGGGGCGGAAGAAUCUCCGAGAGCGACUGGCGGGCAGGAUCCCAGACCAGGGAUGGGAUCGCGAUGGUUGGACGAUACACAUACCAAGUCAGAGGUAUUGCAACGACUCGAGGAUAGUGGUGGACAGGAAGUUGCGUUGAAGGACUACACGAUCCACAGAAUGCUUAAUGGCCUUGCAGAAGGCCCAACGGAGCUUCCUCCCACGGCCUCCCUACCGCAGGAGAGCAACAUUGACUUCUUCGGGGGCAUCGACUUCACUAAAGGAUGCUACCUGGGGCAGGAGCUCACGAUCCGCACGCAUCACACUGGCGUGGUCAGGAAGAGGAUACUACCUUGUCAACUGUAUCAUGAAAGUGAACGGCCUGGAGCCGAUCAGACGGAGCCGGAACACAAGCCGGAAUUGGACGUGCUGCGGCCGCCGUCACAGUCGAACAUAUCGAAGCUGAAUGCACGAGGUCGAGGACGGAGUAGUGGAAAAUGGCUUUCCGGCGUGGACAAUAUAGGUCUUGCACUGUGUAGACUGGAGAUGAUGACUGACAUCCAGUUGACGGCUGAUCGACCGAACUACGAUCCCAGUGAGGAGUAUAAAGUCGAGUGGGAAGUCGAAGGCCAGGAAGGCAAGGAAGCGGUUAUGCUCAAGCCUUUCGUGCCCCAAUGGCUAAGGGACGGCGUAGGGCAGAAUCUGCGGAGGAAGGAAAAGAAGGCUAAGCCACGGCAAGAAGAGGACGAGGAGGAGGAUCUCGAUUAGCAAUUCGAUCAUAUUCAGUUGCAAGGACUAAUGACUCCCUCGAAAGCUGGUCCUUACCCACCUGAAAUGACAAGCGUCCAAAGUCACAUGUGAACGGUCUUGAUGAAUGAAGUGGCACUAUGACAACUUACAAGGCUUCUUCAUUCACAGCCUUGGUGAUCAUCUGACUUCUCGCAAGUGAAGCACGUUGAGGGUUUAUAUAUUAAUGUCCUUGACUUUUUCCUUGAAAUUGCCUUGAUGGCCAUCAGUAAGACGCACCACGUCGAAAUGUGAUUUCACCUGUGGUUUGGCUGGCGGGCCUUCCUUGGAGAUGACGCUUGGUGGAUUGAACUGGGAGUCUCGUCUUCUCCAUGAACCUUCAAUGAGCCACUUAUCUGUAGUUUCUACAGAAAGCAGGCGAGGGGUUCUGUUAAAAAGGUAUUACCUAUAACGGUGCCGGCUGAAUUUUUGGUGUUUCAAACCC